AAGCAUCUUUCUCUGACUCCCUUGGACUUUGUUGCCUGCAACCUUGCCUCCUGGACUACGGAUUGACCUGGAUCCCUUGACCCUGGAAUUGACUCGCUGAUCUGCCCUCUGGAAUCCUGGACCCUUGGCUUGCCCUCUGACUCUGCUCUAUUGGACAUUGGACUGGUUGUGUGAAUGUUCUUUGUGCUCUGCGAAGACCUCUCUGUUUCUUCUGCCCGUGAAUUCGGAUCAGUAUUAAAGAAUGGCUCAGGUUCUACACAUGGAGGCGGUUUUCCCAGGGAAGCCCAAUCCCACCUCUGCUACAGCCUUCCAUGGGAAGGAGCAGGAUUUGCCCUAUUCAGUGGAGACCCCCUAUGGCUACCGCCUAGACCUGGACUUUCUCAAGUAUGUGGAUGAUAUUGAGAAAGGUCACACAAUUAAGCGGAUCCCGGUCCAUCGGCGACCACGCUACAGUUCAUUGCCACGGGGUUAUGGCUACACAGGUUCAUGGUGGACUUCCACUGAGUCCCUCUGCUCCAACAUCAGCAUGGACAGUCGCCAUUCUUCCUAUUCUUAUUGUGGACGAAGCUUCUACCCACAGUACCCUAAUACCACACCGGGAACUUUCAAUGCCCGUGUGGAGAAGACCUUGCUGGAUGCCAGGAAGAAGUUGGAAGACCAGGCGGAUUCUGGAGAUGGAGAAAGGUCCAGAGCAAGUGGUCUUGGGAGCCUCCAUAGCAGUGUAUCUGGGUCAACAAGCUCUUUGGUGGGAAGCCAGAGCCUUUCCCGCCAGACUUCUUACAAUGGCUCACAGCCAGGCGCUUCAGGACAAUUCACACCAAUUGGUUCUGGGUUGUCAACGCCAGUCUCCGCAACCCCAGGACACCUCCAGCAUGUCCGGGAGCAGAUGGCUGUGGCCUUGAAGAAGUUGCGCCAGUUAGAAGAGCAGGUUAAGAUGAUUCCUGUACUUCAAGUGAAGAUCUCAGUGCUGCAGGAGGAGAAGCGGCAACUUAGUGUCCAGCUCAAAAGCCAGAAGUUCUUGGGGCAUCCUGGGGGGUAUGGUAAAGGCAAGUCCAGGGGGGAGCUCUACAUAGACAUCCCUGAGGAAGGGGCAGGUGGAAAUGCAGAGGAGGGCAGAGCAAGGCCUGACACUGGGGUCAGGCUGGACAGGAAGGAAAUGAGGUCAGAAGAUGUGAGUAGGUCAGCUGAAGAGAGAGAGUGGAAUGGGGAAGUAGGGAGAUGUGAUGUUGGGGUGGCAGUCAGGGAGGAAGAGCUGGGGUUGCCUUCCUCUGAGGAGGAACGGCAGCGCCAAGCUGUCCAAGCCCUGUCUACCAAGAUUGCUGUUCUAGAGACACAGUUGAAGAGGGCACUCCAAGAACUCCAGGCUGCCCAUCAGAAACUGGAGCAUCAAUGCAAGGAUCAGGAAGACAAAGAAACAUCCACAAGGUAUGAGGGUCUCCUGACAGAAUGGAGAGUAGAGGAAGAAGGCCCAGGACAUUGGGGUCACAGGGCUUCCCAGGGCCCACCAGAUGCCCCUAUGCGGGUGGAUACAGUCAAGGUUGUCCAAGUAGAGAGGGAGCCAGAGGUUGUAGCCAGCACAGCGACAGGGAUGGACCACAGGCCACAGAGAGCACAAACCCUCGAGACCAAGGAGCCUUAUGCCAGCCUCAGAGCUUUGGUAGGCAAAGAUGCAGAGUCUAAUGAAGCAAAGAAGCCGCUCUGUGCCACCUAUCACAGCAGUGAAGUGAUGGAGACCACAUUCCCUGUCCAUACGGGACCAACAAGCCUUCCUUCUAUUUUCCAUUGUGUGAAAAAGAUCAGCAUUGCUGGCACAGAGGAGGAUGGGAAUGGGAAGCAAGACUUAACAGAGCCUCAGAGGUCAUUUGAGAAAGCUGAGCACUCAGCUACUGACUCUCUCCAGGCAGAGCAAGCAACAGAAUCUAAAUUAAAUACCCAGACUGAAGGAGAGGAUCAAGCUUCAUUCACGUCAGGGAUCCGGUCAAUCAUGAAAAAGAAGGAGGAACCUACAGAGAUUCUGGCCAGCAAAAAGAACCUCCAGUUUGUGAGCGUCAAUGGCGGGUACGAGUCCACCUCCUCUGAGGAUUCCAGUACCGCUGAGAAUGUCUCGGACAACGAGAGCACAGAGAGUGAAUACCAUGAGGCAAGUGAAGGGCUCCCUGCAGCGCAGGCAGCUGUAGCAGAGUCUGAAAAGCCUCCCGGACCAGCCACCACUCAUCCUAGAGUCCCCAGUGAGGGAGGGGAAAUAGCAGCACCAACAGCAGGACCCAGCAAGGAACCAGCAAGCACCACUGGUAUGGUACUCAGCAAGGAGCUGCUUUCAUCCUGUGAAGUUCUUCAGAAAUACUUGGAUAGUUCCAAUGCACACAUGGAUGAAGAGAUGAAAGUGGCAUAUACCACAGUGCUGCCUUAUUGGUUGAGGCUUUCCUGCCACAAAGAAGCAGAUCCAGAGUUGGUCUCACAGCAUCUCACUGCUUUUCAAGCCAUCUCCCCACAACUGCUGGAGCUUGUCAUCAAUAUGGCCGAUGCCAAUGGUAACACGGCCCUGCAUUACACUGUUUCACAUUCCAACUUCCCUGUUGUCACAAAACUUCUUGAAACAGGCUUGUGCCAUGUGGACCAACAGAACAAAGCUGGUUAUACAGCCAUCAUGCUGACAGCACUGGCUGCCUCCCGGUCAGAAAGUGAUAUGGAGACCAUUGUGCAGCUGCUAAAAAUGGGCAACGUUAAUGCCAAAGCCAGCCAGGCUGGACAGACUGCACUGAUGUUGGCUGUCAGCCAUGGACGUCUUGAUAUGGUGCGUGCCUUGCUAGCAAGCAAAGCAGAUGUCAACUUGCAAGAUGAUGAUGGUUCCACAGCACUGAUGUGCGCCUGUGAACAUGGCCACACUGAGAUUGUCCGCCUUCUGCUGGCCACCCCUGGCUGUGAUGUUGCCCUGUCUGACAAUGAUGGCAGCACAGCGCUCUCCAUUGCACUAGAGGCAGACCAGAAGGACAUUGCCAUCAUGCUGUAUGCUCAUCUGAACUUUGCCAAAUCUACAACUCCGGGGAUCCCAAAGCAACCGAAGCCUGACAGCGCAGCUGUGACCUCCAGUAACACUCAGUAACACAAAGGAUGGUGGCGGCAUUUCUCAUUAGCCCUAGAGGAUUUCUCACUUUGAAGAAGUACUGCAGCUUUGUCAAGGGCUGAGGAAUAAAAGGAGCUCAUGGUGCAUAUUGCAAGUUGAUCCUUUUCCCAAGAAAUGCUGCCCAUAUGCAUCCUUGUUCACCACUCCAUCAGCAGGAAUCUCUCCCAUCUGGUGCACUAACUGGACUGGAGGUCUUCUAGCAGAACAUUUCUUCUAUCUAGUGAGCCAAAGAGAAGAUUGGCAAAGGGUCUCUGGAUGCAGCUUCCUGCCAAUUUAGCACAGCCUUGCAGCUUCAUAGAGGUACAGUGAGUCCUUGGUAUCUGCUGUGGCUUUGGUUCCAGGACUCCACAUGAUAUCAGAAUCCCUGGAGGCUAAGUUCCCAUUAAAUACAGUAGCAUAGCAAAAUGAUGUUCUUUAUAUAAAAUAGCAAAAUCAAGGUUUGCUUUUUGGACUUUAUAUAUUUUUGAAUAUUUUAAAGCUGUGGAUAGUUAAAUCCUUGCAUCAAGAAUCCGUGGAUAUGGAGGCCCAACUGUAUACUUAUUCUCCCAUUCAUCCCAGGCUAUUAAAGGAGGAUAGGAAGUGCAACCUAGUAAUGCAACAAGUAACCACUGAGAGGGACAGAUGCUGUUUUAUUUACAGUGGGCCUUUGAUAUGAGCUGGAAUUUGCUUCCAGGAUCCCCCAAAAUCUAUGAAUGCUCAAGUCCCAUUAAAUAUAUGGCAUCCCUUAUAUAAAAUGGCAAAACCAAGGUUUGCUUUUUGCAAUUUAUAUAUUUUUUAAAAAAUAUUUUCAAGCCGUGGAUGGUUGAAUCCAUGGAUAAAGAACCCAUAGAUCUGGAGGGCUGACUACUAGAGUUGAGUCAAGUUAGUUUAGUUUCAUGGAGAGUCCAGUACCAUCUAUUGUGGAGUAGAAGAGUGGGCUACUAGGAUACACUUCUUACAACCCUGGACAUCUUGGUAAUUUUGGGCCACAUCUCUGGCCUUCUCUGGCCUAUCUCCUCCUUCCAUUGAGGCUUAAUAUAUUUUUAAGAGGCUAAUGAAGGAGUGUCUCUCUAAAGCAACUCAUUGGGGAAAGUCCCUGCUUAAACAUGAAUUUACUUGACAUAAUUUUGGGAAAGCAACUUGGAUACCCUGCCUUGGGUGCGAUAAUAUUUCUUCAUUUGAGGAGGGGUUAAGAAAGAUUUCUAAUUUUCCUUUUAGGGGGAAAAAGUGAUUUUGCUAUAUGAGAAUUCUUGCAAUACUGUACAACUAAAAUGAAUAUCUGAGGCUAAAAUCAAAGUCGGAUUUUACAUACUAUGGAAAAUGUAAAUUUUGGGUAUAUAUAUUCUGUACUCAUCCAAAACCCUGGCCCUAGUUUAUAGCCAAGAUAGGCCCACAGCUUGGAAAACUUACUUCUUUGGACUACAGCUCCCACAGUACCUCAGACUAAGGUAUGGCCAGUGGCUAUGUAGUAGUAGUAGUCCAUAAAAGUAAUCUCUUUAUUUUUCCUUUUGUUAUACCUUUUUAUUCUGCACAAAGCAAGGGUGUGAAGAGUGAAGUCUUCAGUCUUUUUUUGUGGAGUUUGCACAAGAGACAUUGUUCCAGUGAAUUGGAUCUUUUACCUGUAAUGGAAGUCAGAUCUGAUAAGUACAAUCCCAUUUCAAGAUCUCACGACAUACACCUGAAUUUGUACAUGUCCAACUGGGUAAAUCCACCUGCUUUCUCUUAAUCAUCCACUGAAUUCGUUUAUGAAUUCUCUAUAAAGAAAGUGACAUGUCAUGGGUUUGCAAGGUGAAAAGUCCUUUUCACUUAAUUCUUUGCGGUUUUCAAUGCCAAAACUUUCUUCUCUCUCCUAACAAAAAAAAUAACACAUCAGGGGAGGAAAAAAAGUAAUGACAUUGAAGCAUGAAGUAGUAGUAGCUGUUCUUUUAAAUUGCCAAGCAUUUGAAAUAAUAGAAGGGUACAUCUUAUUUUUAUAUAAAUAUAUAUAUGUGUGUAUUUUAAUAUACACCAAGAAAAGGGCUAUAUGUAAAUUAUUUUAGUGCACAUUGGUUUAAGGAUCUUCAAGGACUUGGUGUCCAAAAUGAACAGGAGGAGCUGCCAUCUUAGCUGCAAAUUUCCUGGCUAUUAUCUUUGCACACUUUAUUCUCUGCUUUGUGUAAAAGCCUAUAGAAACUAGUUGGGCUUAAAACAAAUGUUUAUUUGGAGCUGUGGCUCUGUUCUGAACACACAGGUGGUAAAAAUAUUUCUUCUUAAGAACUGUUUUCUGUUGCUGCCUACAAAGCUGAUAUUUUAAAUGGGCAACAAGGUUUUUCAAAGCUGCAUAGCUUUAGGGGGGAGUAUCCGAGUCUUGCAUUUGGAAUAUUGCCUCAUAAACAUGUAAUCUCUUUUACAAUUUCCAUAUGGUAUUUCUAUGCAUUUAAAUGAAAUUAAUUCAAUUUAUAAAAGUAUAACCAAAAAAUAAAAUAAAAUUAU